AACAGAACGCCUGUGCUUCGGGUUGGAACGUAUUAGCUCUUUCGACAAUGUAGGGACUGCUUCAAGACAGCCGUGGAAAUGUUAAGGCUUCAGAUAUCGUGGGAGUGCGGAGUUGGAAGCGCCGGGCCGUGGGGUUUACGCUUUGCUCUCUAGUCUCUCCCCGCGUGAGCUCCGGAAUGGUCCUAGCCGGAGCGCGCGCGAGGUUUGAAACGCCUGUUGGGAGGUGACUGCGGCGCUUCGGGACUGGCUUGCUUCAGUCCCGCAUUAUGGACGCCAAGCUGGCUGAAGUGCGCGCCUUGCAAACUGAGAUCGCUGUCCUUCGGCGGGCGUGUGAAGAGAGGCCAGCGCCCUGGGAAGAGAUGCCCGGAGUUCAAAAAUCAUUUCAAGAAAUACACCAAUCAAAUUCUAAAGGAUGGAAAUCUUCAAAAGAUCUGAGAAGUCAGCUUGGACGUUUAGAAUCAGAACUUUCAUUUUUAAGUACACUUACUGGCAUCAAUAUAAGAAAUUACUCUAUGAAGACAGAGGACCUACCAAACACUGAGGUGGCAGAAAAGAGUGUAAAGCAAGUUCUACAGAGACACCGGUUGUUAGGAAAUUGCCGCCUGGUUACAUUUCAACUUGAAUUUCAGAUUCUGGAAAUUCAGGAUAAGGAAAGAUUAUCUUCUGCUAUUACUGAUCUCAACAUAAUAAUGGAACCUACAGAAUGUUCAGAAUUAAGCGAAUUUGUGUCUAGAGCAGAAGAAAAAAGAGAUCUGUUCACGUUUUUCCGAAGCCUGCAUUAUUUUGUGGAGUGGUUUGAAUUUCGUAAGCGCACAUUUAAACAUUUCAAGGAAAAGUAUCCAGAUACUGUGCACCUCUCAGAGGGGGUUUCCUCCCACUACAUGGCAAUCCGGAAUGCCAGCCAGCCGGGGUUUGAAUUAUUAAUUAUAUGGAAGAUACAAAUAGAUGAAGAAGGGAAGGUUUCACCAAAGCUAGAUCUUCUCACCAAAGUCCCACAACGAGCCCUAACACUGGACAAGAACAGAGUCAUAGAAGCUGCUCCUCUCCGCUUCCGAACCCUGCUAGAAGUGCUUGGAAUUGAAGUUGCUCUAGAAAGCCUGAUAAAAUUGCUUUGCACAGAGGAAAACAACUAGUUCCGAAACUGUGAACGUGUAGGAAUAAGAUGCUGCAUUUAAAAGCACACAAAUUUAUUUAGUAUAAACAUUUGCUAUUUUCCACUUAGAAACCACACCAUUAAAACAUGCUGUCUAUGCAGUUAUGGCACACUGUAUAUACUCUCACAACAUGAAAAAUAAACACUGCAAUUUAGGUAGAAAAUGCCAAAUAAAAGUGACAUGUCUAGUGUAUUUUUUUUUUUUUAAAUAAGCUUAACAUUUGAGAAAAUGUACUAAGAGUGGUUGUCCAUCCUUGGUUGUACAGGGAGGCUCUGUGUCCCCACCCACCUAUGCCUCAUACCAAGUCUACUGGGGAGAUGGCUGCCACUCAGUCAGGCUGGGAGAAGCCACCAUCUCCUGGCUCCUGCCACAUGGUGGCUCUCAAGGCAGUUGCCUGUGGAGCCUUAUUCCUCCUCCUGGUGUGCAAAGAAGCCCUGUGAGGCAAGUGCAGCGUCUCUCAGCAAUCCUGACACUUCUUGGUCUUCCAUAAAAAUGUGGAGCCAUUAGCUUAAAAAAAGAAAUGCCAUAAACAGCAAAGACAGCAUUGCUCCCUUCACACAGGGCCAUGGCACAAAGGAAACAGAGUUCUUCAUUAAAGACCCACCAAGUCUCUAUAAGUGCUGCAUGGAUAGCCUCAGACAUGCUAUAAACAACCAUGACCUUGGUGAAUACAGGAGUUGCCCACUGUAAUGUUCAAGUCAGUGAAAGCAUAUUGUUUCAGACCAAUCGGGGCCACCAAGGAGCCUGGACAAAGCAGCAGUGCAGGUUCAGGGCAGAGGCCAGAGACAUGUCCAUAGCAACAGCACCUGCUAGAUUCAAGGGCUCCUCCAAGCACAGGGCUUAGGGGACCCAAGAAUGUCUAGAAUAGAGUACUCCAUCUAUUUUCUCUUCUUCCCUAAAAACUUUGUUUUCAUCUUAUCCAGUGAAGCCAAGUUUGAGUCCUGUGAUUGGCAGUAAUGCUUAUAGUCACAGAGGACCUAAGCACCUGGCCCGCCUUCCUGAGGGGCCAGGUUCCAAAGCACUACACACAGGCGAGAUGCUCCCUGUGUGUGCAAUUGAACCCAGGACCCUAAAGUCUCUACACACAACAUCAUCCUCAGUGCCAGUAGCCCAGCAACAGCAAACUACACACCUCAGGUCAAAACAGUACUGACAGCCACUUCCUUCCACACUUUCCAGGGCCUACACCUUGUCCGUGAGCACAUGAGCUCCAUCACAUCUCUUAGUCUCCAAAUCCCCCUAUCCCAGAACACACAACACAUAUAAGGGCUGUCCAGAAAGUAUCCAGUCAUGUAAUAUGAAAAAUAGAAACAUAGGCUCGGUGCCUGUAGCCAGUGGUUAUGGCGCCAGCCAUAUAUACCAAGGGUGGCAGGUUCGAACCCAGCCCAAGCCAGCUAAACAACAAUGACAACUGCAACAAAAAAUAGCCAGGCAUUGUGGCGGGCGCCUGUACUCCCAGCUACUUGGGAAGCUGAGGCAAGAGAAUCACUUAACCCAGGAGUUUGAGGUUGCUGUGAGCUGUGACGCCAGGACACUCUACCCAGGGCGACAUAGUGAGACUGUUCCAAAAAAAAAGAAAAAUAGAGACAUACCUGGCUGAAUACUUUCUAGACAGCUCUUGUGCAU